AUGCUUGAGGGGCAGGAUCCCUACAAGCUGCUUGGCAUAUCAAGAAACGCGGAACAGGCGGAGUUACGCGCCGCAUACCUUCGCCUCGCGUUGCGCUGGCACCCCGACAAGCACCCACCGGAAACGCAAGCGCUGGCGGAGCGAGAGUUCAAGAAGGUGACUGAAGCGUACAAGCGCUGUGAAGAGUUGCGCAAGCAUUCGAGUACACGGGAACCGCACGAGGCAGCAUCAAGUAGGUUUGGUUCGCGGUUUACCUGCUCACCGAACAGCAGCUAUGCGGAUGCCGCCACAGAGGCCUAUUGGCGGGCCUUUCGUCGCGCGUCAGCGGUCCGCGACGCUGCAGGCUUUGCUGCGUUUACGGCGCCCCGGAGUGAAGCUGCAGACUCUCGCGCUGAUCCAUGGCGCUGGAUACGCUGGCGUGCAGGACUCGAGUGGCGACGAAUGCGUCGCGGUGCGCAUGCUGCCACGCUGACCGGAGUGCUCGCGCUCGGUACGAGUCUUGUGCUGACAACCCGUGGGGUAUCGUUGCUCUGGGAAAAGCGGAACGCUGCCCACUCAUUCGAUCACGCCGUGAAACGACGGGCCUCGGCGUCCCGAGACAAGCGAUAG